AAAUUACUUUCGCAGUGCAGCCAUUUCACAGUAAAAUUGUGAGAUUCAAUCAUGAGGACGUGUUUAGCUGUAUCUAUUUUGUUAAUAGCCUUUGUGGCGAUGGUGCAAAGUGAUACUUACAGUGCGGUUCAUAAAAUACAGAAGAGACAAAUAGUCAAACCAACUGUGAUAUAUGUGAAACCCCCGCCCGGUUGCAUAUUUUACGAGUGCAUUGCCAACUGCAAAUCACGAGGAUAUAAAAGUGGUGGAUACUGCACGAUCAAUGGAUGCCAAUGCUUGCGAUAAAGACGUAUAUAACAAUGCAUUUACUCAGUGGUGGUUAAUUCGCUUUGUACUUUUGUCAAAGGAAACGAGUCUCUACAAGGUGUUAGUGUAUACGUAAUUUAAGCUUAUUUUAAUAAACACGUUUUCAAUAUUU